AUGCGUGACGAAAUUACGUCAGAAAAGUCGGCGAAAGCCAGUACCAAAGUCGUCAAUCCCCAGAAGAGCCGCAAGGAGAUAUUGCAGGAGGUCGACCAGGAACGAAAAGAGCGUCUGCAGUUGAAGAAGGAUGUCUUCGGCGAGGAUUGGCUGGAUAAGUGCUACGAGCAAGUCACGUACCCCAACCCUGCGUGUAUUGAGCUCAUGGAAAAGGUGGGUCGAGUUCUGGCCAAACGCAUCACGACGCCCCAAGACUCCGAGCAGAAACAGCAGGCCUUGUUCUACCUCCUGGGACCUGAGUACACUGAACAGUACUUCCCCACACGCACCUACAGCGUCGACAUCUUGGAACCUCCAAAGAUGUUGCCUGCAAGGAAAGAAAAAUAUCUGGAAGAAAUGACCGAGUUCCUGAAAAACACUCUGGAUAAAGCCAUGGACGACUGCGGCUUCCCACGUCUGUACACGGAGCACUCGGUGGACGACGAGCUCUACCGCUACCUGUUGGCUGCGCGUACCGUCUUCAGGAAGGGGCUCGAGCAGCGCGUCAUGAAGGAGCGAGGCAAGAAGAUAAAUGGGACCUCAGCUGAGAAGUUACAAGUUCUCGUGGCAGAAGGAGGCCCCCAGAUGAGGGUGACAGGAUCCAGCAUCGUGGCGCUGCUCAACAAACAACCCAGCAAGAAGAAGGCCUUCAUACAGAGUGUGUCAGGAAAAAAGAUGGCGCUGCCCGGCGCGCUCCGACGCUUCGUGUGGACGGAGGUGAUGGCGGGGAAGGACAAGAGUCUGAAGCUGAAGGAAGGACAAAGUUGGGAGGCGGAGAAGCUCAAGCUCUUCACUGCUGACCUCUCCAAACAGGCCAAGAAGCAGGGCCUUGCGCGCGUCACGAGGAGCAAGAACGGCGGCCUCAUCGAUGCCGCGGUUAUUGAGAUGUUUGACGAGUCCCAGGUAUUCAAAUCACUGGACUCGGACGACUUCUCUAUGCGGAUCGCACGGGUGUUGAACACAGCGGACGUUCACUCAGGAAAUUUUAGUCCGUUUCACGCGUACCACGUGAUAGCUCUGUACACUGCCUACCAUCGCAGCGACCUCCAGCCUGAGGAUGAUGAUUCCGAGACGCUGCAUUUGGCGUUCCUGAUGACGCAAGUCGCCAGUUUGCUGCUACCUAAGCCGGACUCUGUUUUUGCGAUGGCAGAGCGGGCGCUAGGGACUGUACAGGUGCAGGACAGCUUCUACUACAGUCACAUCAAAGAGUCGCUCGCCAAUCAGCCCAGCAAGAUUACUGGCAAGGAAUUUCCCCCGGAGGUGCUGGACCGCAAUCCGUCGGCAGGGACGAAGCUGCUGGACCAGAUCCAGCAGCAGCUGUCUGCUUCAGGCGAGCUGCAGGCAAAGCAGCUGCUCGUCUUCACCGAUCCAGCAAUCUUCGUCAGAAAGUGGAUCGCCCAGUGCUUCAUGGGUGUGCUGAGCGUGGGCGCCAGCAUGUGGGUGUGGGACCAGCUCAUGUUGGGAGGCUGGAGCCCCGAAGUGUUUAUCGACGUAGCGACUGCGGUGCUUUGCCUCCUGCGGCCCUGGAUGCUUAGAGCGAAUAAAUAUUCGGGCGCUAAGAAGGUGCUGCUGCAGGAGCCUGGCAAGAUAUACACAAGUGAUCUGCGCAAAGUGUACAAUCACUUGCAGAGCAAAGGUCGUCUUGUUGAGGCGCCUCCUAACACUAACUACAUCGGCCCACCCUCCCCUCCAGCCAUCCAGUUGGUGGACGAAAAUGGUCAACAUUCUCCAGCUCAGAGCGAUGAAACGCGCAUCAGACGCUUACAAUCAACGCAAUCAAUGCCACGUGACAGCAACAAGACGUCGCAACAGACGUCAGCUCGCGGAGAAGACCCCAAGACGAGCGUCAGAAAAGCGUCGUCGACACCUUUAAGGGACGACAACGACGACGAUUCAUCUGAUCGACCAAAAAUGACAGUGAAGCCGUUCCAAGUGGGUACUGGCUUCUCCCUCGAGGUCGACAAGCUGCUCGAUGCCAAGGACGAUGAUGAUGAUGACGAUGAACCCUUGCCCCUUCCUGAACCUCCGCCGGACUCAGACGACGAGCAAAAGCCUGAGGACGACACUCCCGAAGAGGACAACUUCGACCCUCCUGCCCCUUUCGUGCCUCCUCCUGCGGAGGAUAAGGCGUGGCUGCCUCACGAUCCCUCCACCAGGAGCAAGCUGCCCAAGCCAUGCCGGAUCUCGGACACCGUCGAUCUCUACAUCGACUCAGUGCGCUUCAUGCCGGACUGCGCAAACCUAUGCAAAAUAACUGGCCGCGUGUUCAACAUACACUUGGACGAUGACGUUAAGUCACCUGAAAUUCUCGCCUACCCCAGCCUACUGGGGUCUCUGACGUGCCCGACUUUCAAGUAUCGUCUGGUACUGAAUGAAGACCGCCAGUUCCUGAACCCCGACUUGGUGGUUAUGCUUACCCUGCACAUCCAGCAAGAGUCAAUACGGUUGGUGACGCCGCUGGGGUCGUGCCUUGUUUCACUCUUCAACUCUGACCUCGCGGAGCCUCUGCUGUGUGUAGGCGCAUAUCAGAAACGCCUUCGGUACGGUCGGCCCAAGCCUGAAGGUGGCAUGACCAAACUCGUGGCUUCGGACAUGGAUAACAACAAGCCCAUACCUGCCCUUACUAUCCUGUACAGGAUCAUGCCUCAUACUAAGGAAUAUAUACCGGCUCCGGCGUACGAGACGGGGGCUUACCGAUCCAAAGGAUGUCAGCCUACAACCACCGAGCUGGCGCUCAUCCACCAUUACUGCUACCACCCUGAAUAUGAGACCUCGACAAUGCAAGACCGAGCUGAGGCGCUUAUGACAGCGGAGAAGGAAAGCGGCGUCGGCGAUCUAAAGAAAGUUGAGGCGUACUUCAAAAAGAAACUUCAGAACAAAAUUCCGAAAGGCAAAACUCUGCCCCCUGAGACUGACUUCGCCCACUUCACCGAAUACAACAUCGCUCAAGGCUUCAAAGUUGACGUGCAAGGCGCCUUUAACUUACCGGAAGCAUUUGAAGGCUACUACAUCCUGGCCUAUGCUGAGGUCAUCGACAGCGAAGAGGGCGAGGCAGAGCGGGAGAAAGAAGAAGAGAAAAAGAAGAAGGUCACAGACAAGAAGAAGGCAGCACAGAAGGACUUCGUCUGGAUAGACGAGUACCCACCAGGGGAGCAGCGUAUGAUGACCAGCAGGCUGGACACCAAGAGCAGUCCACGAGCUCCUCAAUGGCUCGACGAACACGUCGCUAGUCUGUACCCUCCAUUAUCUUCCAUGAGCGUCCUGAUCGUGAGGUUGUUUGGGGUGCAGCUCGAAUACAGUCCUGGCAACGGAUCUAAACCCGGCACCAUCUCUGGCUUAGGCGGCAGCCCCAUCGCCUUAAACUACAAGAACCCUUUGUGUUGGGGAGCUGUCCAGCUCUUCGGCAGAGGCACAGUUCUGUGCGGCAGCCACUUCGUGCCACUGUUCCAGGGAGGGCCACCGCCCAUGGUGCUCGCCAUGUUCAGACGGGAGCGCACGGUCGCCGUCCUGGAAACUGCCAUCAAGAAGAAAUACUGCAAGUUGCUGCCUGGCGCGUCGCUGGAAGUGCGUUUAUGGGACGGCAAGAUAGAAGACUUCACUGAGCUACCCGAGUGCUGGCACAAGCAUCUGCUGACUGCCCUCAAGAUGGAAGACAAGGCCCUUGAGGGCAGAGAAGCCCGCUUCACACCUACCUACGAAAAGUUUUACACCAAAGGGUUGAAGGAGGUCGAGCGUCACGAUCUCACCAGGGUGCUCGCGGAGAGCGAAUUCUUCCGCCAAGCCGCCAACAUCGAGUUCGGCAAGGCGCUGAACAAAGCUCUGGUGACAGCGGGCAAGGAACCUAUGCCGCCCCUUCCGGUCUUCGUGCCCUGAACUUCCUUGCGGAUCGGAGCCUGAAGAAACGCGUGCGCGUAGGUCGACCACAGCCACUUUACGGAACCUUAACUGUAUCGAGAAGCUCACGGAAGCCCUACGUCAUUGCUAUUUGCUCUAGACAGGUUAACUUACAACCUGAAAUUCCACUCUUCAGAACCUAAAAGCUCUAGCCGCCAGGGGAUUAUUAAGAAUAUGACCGGGCAGCUAGAUUUAAUUACGAGCGUGAACUCAGUCCACUAUCCGCGUAAUCUAGCAAAAGAUUCGUCCGUUAGUCAAGCAUGUUCCUAACAUAACAAAUUCUGAACAUAUUUCUUUCGAACUGAAGGUAUAGCCCUAAAAUGUACUGACUAAGUAGUGAAGAAAUUUUUUGGAACUUUAAAACACUACCUUUAUUCUCCCGUGAAUCUCUCCAUUCGAUCGCUUCAUGGAAGUUCUCGAACGAUUUAGCCGAUCGAAGUUCUCGAACAUCGGCUGCAUGAAAUGAGUAUCAAAUCAAACUCGUUUCAUGAACUUAAAUUCUGACUUCCUCCAUCCCGUCAGGGCUGGGACACGAUUCGAGCUUCUCGACUUUAAUGCUGCAGCAAAAAUUUUCACUGUAUGUUUAUUGCAAAAAAUAUUGAUUAUCGUACAAAAUGAGUAGAAGACAACCAUCAAAUUUCAAACCAAGGCAUCUAAUAGAAUUUAAUACAUAAUUUCUUAACAUAAAUAAUACUUGGUAUACGACAGAACGGAAGACAACAAAAUAAGGAUAUCAGUUCGUUGCUCCCAUUCGCUCAGUGGAAUGACACAGUAACUCUGAUAAGCGCCUUGCUUCUAUCCGUUCUCAAAUUUUGUAUUCAAACAAGAUCUGGAAAUUAUGAAGAGUGAACAAAUUGUUAUUCUUUAAGUAUUGCCACAAGCUGCAAUAUUUACUUGCCGUUAUCAGAUUGCAUAAGUACAAUUGUGCCUAAACUCGGUGCGAUUACAAUACAGUAAAAUUAUGCAGCCUGACAUGUCUAAAGGA